CUAUCGCGGGUUGUCUGACUCUUCUACAGGCUUGGAUAUACGAGUACUUUCCAUGUUUUCAGCCUCACCAGGGUGUGUUGACACGGGACGUCCCUCAUGCUCGUGCAGGGUUAUGGGAUGUUGGUAUGACGCGGAAGCAUCAGCAGCGUCUCGUGUCCUUUCGUACUCGACUUGACCAGCUGGGUGACUAUGAGGUAUAAGUAGAUACGUAAUUACUAUUUGUCUUAUAUUGAUUUUUUUUACAGUUGAUUUACAGGUAUAACUAAUUUCCAGGUAUGUUGGUUGCCAUAUGGUGGAUUUCCUGCACAACAGGUGCCUAGGACUAUGUUUACUGGAUGUAUUCGCUAUCGAGGCAUCAUAGAACCAUAUAUGCCCGAUCGAGUUGUUCGACAGUUGGGGUUUAUACAGGAGAUUCCCGGUGACAUGAUUAGGCCUGAUGAUGCUCAGAGACCACUUAGUAUGAAGUCUUAUAGGGUCAGUUUUUCAGCUCAGAUGACCACUCUCAUGUGGGAUAGAUUUGUCCCCGGUGCUGCGUUCAGUCUUCUUCUUGGUGGAUAUACUAAAGUUCCACGUGGCAGACAUACUUGUGCCCCUGACUACCUACCAUGGUUUGGGAGAGUUAGCCAUUCUAUCGUCACUCCUAAUGUUGAGGAUGAAGUCGGUCUUCCUGAGAGGACCAACGUUGAUUACUGGGUAGGGCGAUUCAUGGUUACAGCGCAGCGAUCACUUAGUGAGUACCCUACACUAUCAAUGGACACCAAAGUAAUGUUGGAGCAGGUGAUUAAUGAUUGGAAUACAAUAAAUGGACUUAGAGAUUAGUUGUAAUAUGUAUUCUAGCUUUGACUUUGUUGUUUUAUUAGACUAUGUUUUGGGUUGUUAGUGGACAUUUAUGUUUUAUCACAUUUGUUGAGAAUUAUCAAGUUGACAUUUAUAUAUUAUUAUUUUAUUUUCUAAUUACGUAGUAAUUACUUAGUAAAUUUUAAAAAGAAUUUCUUAAAAAAAAUUAAAAAAAAUAAUGUUUAUUAAUUAAGUUAUAUAAAGUUUAAUAAAAAUCCAUAACAGUACUCAAGAGCUAACUAAUGUCUGCCACAAUUGAAGCUUUCUCUCGUACCUUGCCUCCCAUCCGUGUACACUUGCCUGUCGAGCGUUAAACCACAUUGGUGAAAUUGGAGGAAGUGGGUGGUCUUGAUCCAUAUGCAAACGAAUGAAAUGCGAGCCACCAACAGUUCCAAUCACGAACUCUGCACUAGACCUGUCUAAGCGUCCACGAUUGUUCAACGGUAAAACAGUGGUAAAUGGAUAGUAGCACGAUGGUCUAUUUCCUACUCCAUAACAAAUCACUACCACGUUCCAUAUUGGCAAUAGCAAACAAAUCCUGUUGUGCUAC